UCCUGCUCUUUCUUGUGAGCACUUUCCCUAUCUGAAAAUGAUACCCUAUCUGGGAAACUCAAGUACUCGCAUUUUGCACAAACGUUGGUCUUGAGAUGUCAUGCCGACAUCGUUAAACCCUCGAAAACUCCUAAUAUGUUACUGACUUCAUUGAUAGCAGGCAGUGCUUUUAACCAGUAUGCGUCUGGUCGAGUCGCAAAAGAUAAACACACAGGCCGCCUGCCUGCGAUGGGCUUUAGUUCAUGGAACGAGUAUGGAUGCAGCAUCAACGAGUCCGUGUUCUUGACUGUCGGAGAGCGUCUAAUCUCAACUGGCCUCAAAGAUCUGGGCUACGAAUACGUCAACAUAGAUGACUGUUGGAGUGACAAAGCUGUCCAGCGUGACAAGGUCACCAAGGAAAUACGCCCAGAUUACACCAAGUUUCCCCGAGGCAUCAAGCAUACCGCUGACCGGAUCCACGCCCUGGGCCUGAAGUUGGGCAUCUAUAGCGAUGCCGGAUCCUUGACCUGCGCAGGCUAUGCCGGCUCUCUCGGCCACGAAGACAUAGACGCCAAAACCUUCGCCAACUGGGGCAUCGACUAUCUCAAAUACGACAACUGCAACGUCCCUGCCAAAUGGCUGGACGAGUACGAAUGGUGGCCAGAACGCUGGACCGGCGGCUCCCUCGACGACGGCCAACCCUCACCGCCCAACUAUGAUUGGGCUACCUCGAACACGGCCAGACGCUUCGUGCGCAUGCGUGACGAGCUCGAGAAACAGCAUCGUGUCAUCCAGUACUCGCUCUGUGCGUGGGGCCAUGGCCACGUCGAUAUCUGGGGUAAUACGACGGGCCAGAGUUGGCGGAUGUGGGGCGAUAUCGCGCCGCAAUGGACAGGCCAGGACGGCUCUGCUUGGGGCUUGAUGCCCAUCGUCAAUCACGCCUCGUUCUUCGCCAACGUCUCGGACUUCUGGGGACAUGGCGACUACGACAUGCUCGAAGUCGGAAACGGCAACCUUACACUCGAGGAGAACCGCUCGCACUUUGCUCUCUGGGCAGCCCUAAAAUCCCCUCUUAUCAUCGGCACUCCCCUCGACAACAUUCCUCCCUCAACCCUCUCCAUCCUCUCCACCCCCGCCCUAAUAGCCUACAACCAAGACCCCACCUACGGCCGCUCCGCCACCCCCUACAAAUGGGGCCUCAACCCCGACAACACCUGGAACCGCACCCAUCCAGCCGAGUACUGGGCCGGUCCAUCCUCCCUCGGCAUCCACGUCUUCAUCCUCAACACCCUGGACUACGAAGUAGUGAAAGUGGCGGUGUGGGCCGAGGUUCCGGGCUUGCGGGCGGGACGCAGGUAUCGGGUCACGGAUAUGUGGAGUGGAGAGGACUGGGGCGUGUGGGAGGGGGCGUGGAUGGGGGUUGUGAGGGCGCAUGAUACGAUUGCGGUGACAAUUACUGAGGUUGAUGGGCGGCAUCCGUCUCCGGAGUAAGGAGGUUUGAGGGCGUUGGAGAGAGUGAGAACUUGCAUACCUAACAUACCUAUCAAUGCCAGUUUUCCAGCUGUUGACAGCACUUGAUUCCGUUUCCUACACUGUUCAAGUGGUUUGAGGCCCAAUUCCCGCUAGCGUUUUGCCCAAUUGUUUCUGAUUCAUACUUGAUUCUCGGAUCGCAGUUAGCACGCUUGUGUCG